AUGAAGUUAUGGCAUAGCCUGACCACUUGUCUGAUGCUGUUGCUGAGCUGCGUGCACGCCGGCCCGGUCAGACACACCACGGGAGCGCGCGCGGUGGAGGUAGAGGAGGAGGAGGAGGAGAGACCCUUGGAGAUGCCUCCGCCGGUGCGCGUACGACUCUCGGUCAGUGCCCCGGGCAGCAGCGCCGGGGCGUCGGGCAAGUCCACCGUGACGCGUCGGUCCAUGGAGGAACAAGAGGAGACGCUGGAAGUUGGAGAAAAGUACAUUUUGGAAGAAUCACUGCUGGACGACUAUGCGGACGUAGUGGACCUCAUCAAAGUCACCAUCAGUCGAAUACACCACUCUUCUCCCUUCAACUCCUCCUCCUCCUCUACCCCAGCUACAACCUCCAGGACUAGACACAGACGGGCCAAGAAGAGGGGACCGUCCACCCAGCAGAGGAGGGGGGUGGUGGGGAAGCGCGCGAGGGGAGGGAGGGGUAAGAACCAGGGCUGUGUGCUGAGGCAGGUGCAGCUGAACGUGACCGACCUGGCCCUGGGCUACCGCUCCAGCGAGGAGAUGAUUUUCAGGUACUGCGCCGGACCGUGCAGGAAAUCAGAGACGAACUACGACAAAAUCCUCUCCAACCUGGUCCAGAGCAAGAGGCUGCCCCCCAGAGACCGCCCCGCCCAGGCCUGCUGCCGGCCAGUCGCGUUCGACGAUGACCUCUCAUUUUUGGAUGAUAACUUGAUCUACCACACCAUGAGGAAGCACUCCGCCCGAAAGUGUGCGUGUGUGUGA